CUCCACCGCCUCCUCUUUAUCAACUCCGCGAGCGCAAGCGCCGGCUAUUCACUCUCUACACUAGGUCAGAUCAGAGCUUAGCCGCACUCAGUCGAUGUCGUCCACGUGAGAGCCGGCAAUGUGUCAAGUGCCUCGACAAUGGUAGAAGACUCCGGCACCACCCUCCUGGAACACAAGCAGAAACCCAUCCUCAACGGCACCACCCCCCGGAAAGAGAGCGGCGAGCCCCCGGAUGGGGGCACCAAGGCAUGGCUGGUCAUGCUCGGCUCGUUCUUCUGCAACGGCAUCCUCUUCGGGGUGAUCAACUCCUACGGGGUGCUCUAUACCGAGUUCCACGAGAUCUUCAAGAAGAAGGGGUCACUUAACCCGUCCGGAGAGGCAGCAUUGGUGGGGUCCCUCGCCAUGGGCACAACGUUCCUAAUCUCGGCCGUGGCCGGCGUGUUAACCGACUUCAUCGGCCUCCGCAGAACGACCUUCCUGGGCGGCUUCAUCGCCUCCAGCGGCAUGUUCCUAUCGUCGUUUUGCGUCGACAAUAAACUAGCCCUUUACGUGACUUUCGGCGUAAUGUACGGCCUGGGGGGCGCCUUAGCCUACACCCCCUCCCUGGCAGUCCUCGGCCACUACUUCAAGAAAUACCUCGGCAUAGUCAACGGUAUUGUAACUGCGGGCAGUUCAAUCUUCACCAUUGCCAUGCCAUACGUCAUAACCGAGUGUCUCAAACGCUUCAAAAUCGAAAACACGCUCCGAAUUCUCGCCCUAAUUGCCAGCCUCAUCAUGGUUUUCGCGUUCCUCUUCAAACCGGUGCGCGAAACCGAGCGCAAGGAAAUCAACUGGAGGAACACCUUCAACGUUGGCGUGUUCCGCAACAAGAAAUACCUAGUCUGGGCGACGGUUAUAGCCGGUUCCCUGUUCGGUUACUUCGUUCCCUACGUCUACAUGCUCGAUUUCGUCAAAACCAGCUUCCCGGGCCCGGUCGACGGGAAAAUCCCGGUCCUGUGCAUCGGGAUAACGUCCGGGAUCGGGCGACUCAUCUUCGGCUACAUCGCCGAUUUCCCCAAAAUCAACCGAAUCCUCCUUCAGCAAGUCGCUUUCUUCAUUAUCGGCAUCCUCACCAUGCUCUUGCCCUCGUCCACAGCCUCGUUCUACUGGCUGAUUGCCAUCAGUCUGGGCAUGGGCCUGUUCGAUGGGUGCUUUAUCGCCCUGCUGGGCCCCAUCGCGUUCGACAUCUGCGGCAACGAGGGCGCUGCCCAGGCCAUCGGCUUCCUGCUGGGCACCUGCUCGAUGCCGCUCACCAUCGGGCCCUACGUCGCUGGGCUCAUCUACGAGAAGCAGAAAAGCUACACCAUUCCCCUGAUUCUGGCCGGGAUUCCGCCCACUGUGGGCGCUGUGGCCAUGUUCCUAACGAGGUGUAUACGGACGAAAAACGAAACGCUCAAAAACGGCACCUGUAAAGUCACAGAAUCCACGGACGUCGAAGAUGGUCCUCUAUGAUUUCCCAAACAUGACUCGACUAGUUUACACAUUUAGACAAGGUUUUUGCUUUCAUUUAUUCUGCUAGCUAUAUCGUGUCUUUAAUUUAAUCUAUUUUUUAAUGUAUUACUGCAUUUAUUUUAUAGUUUUAUACGAUUUCAUACGAUUAGGCGGUUAACAAUUUUGACAAUAAAUAUACAAUGUACAAAAAGAAUGUUGUUUGUGGCGGACGACAUGGUUUGUUAACUUAUUACAUAUCAAUGCAAAAGUUAUAUUUUAUCGAAGGACUGUACGAAAUUGUUAAUAAAAGUAUUUUAACGUU